AGUGUUCUGUGCCGAAAAAUGUCGUAGUGAUUAGUUUUGUGAGUGCCGAAUAAAAGGUGUAGUGAAAUAUUAAAUUUCGCGUUUCAAUACAAACUCCAUAUUUAUAAAUAGUGUUAAAGGACGAAUCCUAUUGAUCUGUCAAUAAUUUUAUUUUGACUUCUAAUGGCUGUAGCCCUUAAAUUGUGAAUCCUAUAUAAGUGAUCUAAACAUGUUUCCCUUAACACCGCCCGUCGUUAAACGCUUACUGGGGUGGAAAAAAGGUCCUGAAGGUACGUCAGCCGCUGAAGACAAAUGGUCGGAAAAGGCCGUGAAGAGUUUGGUAAAGAAAUUGAAGAAAACUGGAGCUAUUGAGGAGCUUGAGAAGGCGUUGUCGAAUCAAAGCGGUCAUACCAAAUGUGUAACAAUACCAAGGGUGAAACCGAAUGAUAAUAUAUUGAAUGGACAAUAUCGCAAGGGUCUGCCGCAUGUGGUUUACUGCAGGCUGUGGCGCUGGCCGCAGCUACAGAGCCAACAUGAAUUAAAACCGGUGGACCAUUGUGAAUACGCUUAUCAGUUAAAGAAGGACGAGGUCUGCGUUAACCCAUAUCAUUAUAACAAAAUUGAUUCGCCAGCUCUGCCGCCAAUUUUGGUGCCUCGUUGUCCCGAAAACGAAACCAGGGCUCCACCUCCAUACACGGAUUAUCAGCCCAUUCACGAACACACAGACAACGUUAUGCAAAAUGGCGUAGUGGGCGCUCAUAGCGCCUUGUAUCUUGAGGCAACGCUGGGUCAGCAAGUGCCUGGAAACACCACUGUACACCUCAGUUCGUCGACGGUUGAAACUCCACCUCCAGGGUAUAUGAGCGAAGAUGGCGAUCCCAUGGAUCAUAAUGAUAAUAUGAACUUAACUCGUCUGAGCCCUUCACCAGGAACAUUAGGGCCAGAGACAGCUCCAGUGCUGUACCAUGAGCCGGCAUUCUGGUGCAGCAUCAGCUACUACGAGCUGAACACCAGGGUCGGGGAGACGUUCCACGCGUCCCAACCCUCGAUCACGGUGGAUGGGUUCACCGAUCCCAGUAAUAGCGAACGUUUCUGCCUCGGUCUCCUUUCGAAUGUGAAUAGAAAUGAGGUUGUGGAACAAACACGCAGACAUAUUGGGAAAGGCGUUCGGCUCUACUACAUAGGUGGUGAAGUGUUCGCAGAAUGUCUCAGCGAUUCGUCAAUAUUUGUCCAAAGUCCGAAUUGCAAUCAGCGGUACGGCUGGCAUCCAGCCACCGUGUGCAAGAUACCACCAGGUUGCAAUUUGAAGAUAUUCAAUAACCAAGAGUUUGCUGCGUUGCUCAGUCAGUCUGUCUCUCAGGGCUUCGAAGCGGUGUUUCAGUUGACUCGUAUGUGCACUAUUCGGAUGAGUUUCGUUAAAGGAUGGGGUGCUGAGUAUAGACGUCAAACCGUAACUUCUACGCCGUGCUGGAUCGAGCUGCAUCUGAAUGGACCCCUGCAAUGGCUGGACAGAGUUCUGACGCAGAUGGGCUCACCGCCCUUGCCCUGCUCCUCCAUGUCUUGAACAGGUCUAUACAACUGGCAACGCUCAGCUAAGUGUAGCUCAACAAUUACCUCCAAAAAUGAGUCUUAUUACGAUACAGGGUGUGAUCUAAGCAUAUUGGACGUCUAGAAUGUCAAAUGAUAAUUGGCAAAUUUCGAAAGUCAACUGUCGAAUGUUAAUUUUCAUUUGGCAAAUGUCGAAUGACAAAUGUCAAAUGUCAAUUGUCGAAUGUCAAAUGACAAAUGUCGAAUGUCAUAGUCAAAUAGUGAACUAGUCAACUGAAUCAACUGAUGUUCGUGUUCUAGAACGCUUCUCGAACCUAAGUCUCCUUUCUAGAGCUGCCAAGCUCAAGCGGAGAUCGUGACUCGAGAUACCUUUUGGAUUACGUGCCCCAAUUGGGCCUUGAGUUGAUUCAACUGCUUUAACUCAUCUAUAUCGAAAACGGUUAAUAAUUACUGAAAUAGACGACGGAGUAUGCUUAGGUACAACCUGUAUACAGGUUUGUGAAUAUGUCACUGUCAUGUUUUGACAGACCAAAAGUUGUCAAACGUUAAAUCACAAUGUCAUUGACAAUUGAGGCUGUUUAACAGUCCACGCUAUUUAAACAUAUCAGAUUGUUCGUCUUAUGAAUAGGCCGUUUUAUAGUCCACGUAGAUUCAGUAUUGGACUGAGCUGGUAGUGUCAUUGACUGCUCAGUACUCCUGCAGCCUUAUAAUGGGCUGUUACAUGCCCACAAACAAAUCUUAAUAUUAUAUUCUAACGACGGAAUGAUGAAUAAUGAAACAAUAAUUUUAUUUCCUAAUGACAUUGGAAUCGUCAAUUUGACAUAAAUAUAUUCACAAACAUAGACAUAGUGUUUAGAUUGAUGUAAAUUCGUAUAGUUCAUUGCAUGUGCAUUCGUUAUUUUCCCAUAUUAAUUAUUUACUGUUUGUCAAAAAAUGUCAUUCUUUUGUGUCAAAUGUUUGACAUUGGUUUGGCAUUUUUACUAAUUUUGACCACAUGAUAGUGGUCUGAAAUAAUUGGGAAUCCGUUGCAUAUUUUCCACAUUAACUGUUUGACAGAAAGUGGCCGAAACUAAAUGUGAACAUAUAUUUAAAAAAACUGAAUAGAAAUAGUAACAAUAUGUAAAUAUCUUACAUAAAUACAAUGGUGGUCAGUUAUAUGACGUAGAAACAAUUCUUAUGAAGAAAGUAUGACUUCAACGUACAAAUAUUCCUAAAAUAAACACAUCCAAUACCCGACAAUCUUAAAAGCUCAUUAAAUACAUAUAAUAUAAAAUAUAUACAGUGUAAACUCCAAAUAACGUCAAUUGGUUUUACGACAAACCGCUUAUAACGUCGAAAUCAUUCGGCUUCGAUUCCUUUCCAUACAAUAUACUCUCCACAGUAGUACACCUACCCACCAUAGCGAGAAUUAAAUAAUAAAACUGCGGAGCUGUGUAUGUUAUGUUGUCGCUUUAUUGUCUUAGUCCGUAAUAAUCGACUGUCGGCAUCAUAUGUACCGAAAUUUAAAAAAAAACCGUUUUGUUUAUAAAUUGGGAUUGAUUGAACGUGCUUUAUCGCGAAGAUGCCUCAAUACCGCAAUAUUUAUAAUAAAUACAAUAUAAUUUCUGGUGCAGUCAAAGACGUCAUACGUAAAAAACAGACAAUAGCGUUCAAAUAGGAUUUUUUAAUGAAAUUAUUAACUCUAGUCCGAAAUAAACAUUUUCGUUUUCUAAUACAGAUCUUUCCAUUUAACCACAAGUCUCUGGGAACGUCAAAAUAUGAUCCCAUGAGUGUCGUUAUAUAGAGUUUACACUGUACUAGACGUCAAUUAAAACUUUUAAUAUUUAAAAGUAAAGUUUGGGGGUCUUUUUCGGAUGUGGAUUUGGAUGUGUUUUGAUCGUUGAAGGUAACGGUUCAAUGGCAUUACAAACGAAUCUGAGAGUGCGAGAUUUGCCUAUCACCUGAAUCUUUCAGCAUGGCAAUUACCACAAACGACCAAUAAAUGUUUUCUUACCCGUUUAGUGGCCAGCAAAUGGUCAGGAUUUAAACCUGAUAGAUAAUCUCUGGAUAUUGUUUGUAAAAAAACAUGUGUACACGCGUUACACAAGAUAAAAAUCUUUGCAAAACUCUUAUUCUACGUUUGUAGAAAAAACGACUAGCAAAGAAAGUUUUUUUAUAACGCAGUUUAUUUAAAUAUAAUAAAAAACCAAAAUGUUGAUUAUAGCUAACUUCAGGGUGUCCGUUUUUUGUGACGGUGUGCGUGAAUCGUAAAAAUUUACUCUUAUAAGUUUUCUCGAACACGCUAAUAGAAGUAUAACUUCAAAAAUAAAGUCUCAGACCAGUCAAAGAUGCUGAAACAAGGAAUUCUGCUGUUAUUGUAAAUAACACGGGAUACGCCAUUAACUAUUAAUUACGACUAUAGGUAGGCUGUGGAUGGUAGCAAUUUCGGAAAUAAUACUAUACUCUGAUUUUUCAUUCCGUAGAAUUCUGACAUUUAAUUGUGUUGCUUCUGAAAAGUGGUCCACCAUGAUGACCCAAUUGAGAGCGAUAAAAAAUAAAAUGCCACGUAUUGUUUUAAGUUGCCUACAAAAAGGUAAAUCUAAAAAUUUACUUACUCAAGUGACCUAUUACAAAAUUUGCAAAUGUUUCAAAAUCUCGAACAAUAUAUCGUUAUAUAUUAACUUCAAUUAUUUUUAUGUUAUUAUUUAGCUGGUAUCACUGCCUACUAUUUUUUAAUAAAUAUCGUACUGGUGCAUUAUUCUGUCUGUGAUGAAAAGGGACGUAAUUAACACUCGCCGUAAAACCACUUGUAAUGUGGACCACCACCGCACUUAAUAAAAUCGAUACUUUUGCUAAUUAAUAAAAUGUAUAGAUUCUGUUCAGACUCGUAUUGAAAUUUAAAAAAUCUGCCCGGCUAAAAAGGUUUGUAAUCUCUGACAUGUCAAAAAAUGAUAGCUGUCAGAAUUCUACAGGAUUAAGAAUCAUAGUACAAAAAAAACAGUUACAACCUUUUUUGUUGUUGUUUCUGAUUAGUUAACCUUAAAACUGAUUUCAGUUAGGUGGCAUAUUGAGUGAUUUGAUAUUAUAUUGUAUUUUCUAGAUCAACUAUAUUAAGCAUUGAUAUUUUUGAAACUUAUAUAAAAAGCCUAUUAUGUACAUAUAAUUAUGAUUGAAAGAUAUUUAAUUAUUUUAAUUGAUUUUUGUAAAUGAUUGAAUCUUUUUCUUUUCUUUGGUUUAUUUGUUUUUUGUUAUAUAUCCAUUAUAUACGUACGGAAUGAAUAAUUAAGAUCUCUAAAGUGGUUUAGUUCGUUUAUUUAUAAUAAAUGAGUGAUAAAUGAGCUGGCCAUUAACACAAACCUAGUGGGGCCAGCUAAUAUUUUUAGUGAUUUUGAUUAUUUUUUCGUAAUUUUGAUUGUUUUUUUGUAGGUAAAUUUCAUUAUUUUUUUGUAAUUUUGAUUAUGUAUUUUUGUAAUUUUGAUUAUUUUUUUGUAAUUUUUGAUUAUGUAUUUUGUAAUUUUGAUUAUUUUUUGUAAUAUUAAUUAUUAUUUGUAAUUGUGUAACUUACAGCGUCUAAAUGAAGUUAUUAUAUGAUUUGAA